AAUAGCGAGAAAAAGCUAAAAUUUUUCGGAUGUAAGAUCGGAGACAUACGCAGUCGACUGCGUUUUUUUCUAUCCAGGGUGCUUGUGAUGACAUCACGUAACCAUCUCGCUCUGUUAGAAAUCAAGGACACGAUAAACGAGAAGGUAAUAGAAAGCCUCCACUGGGACAGAAACAUCACCAUGUGAUAACAUCAUCCGAUAAUUUGAUUUCUGGUUGGGUAAAGGUAGAUGAUGAACCAUGCUAAAUAUCAGCAAGAUUGCCUCCAAAACAUCACGCGGAAAAAUUCUGCAGAUGGUUACCCUGGUGGCUCUUUCUCUACUGAUACUUAACUGGUACCUUUUCAGAAAUGAAAUACAGUGGAAUUACAACAUUAAUUCAGAAAAUUUUAUAAAUACAACAGAGUCGCCUUCAAUUUGCCCAACGUUGUCACUUCAAUUCAAUGUUAGGGCCACAUAUGGUUUAUGUAAACCUCACAAAUCGAGUCAGGCUUCCUGUAGGUUUCUUCAAGAAAUUUACGGCAUAAAACCUGAAUUACUGCAAUGUAAAGAGAAAGGUGCUGGAGAUGUUUGCAUAAUGAAAAUGACCAGAACAAAGAAGAGGAGCAAGAUUUCCUUCCUAUGUAGCCAAACGCUUUGUCGGCAAGGAAAGAGCGAUUCUUUCAAAGUUCUAACUGUGGAUCCCAGAACAGGAUUGGCAACCAUUGUAAAUGAAUUUCACUCUGUGAGGACACUUGAAAGAGGACUACCAAAUAUUGUGAAAAGAAAUAAGCAAAACAAAUUAAACUUUGUUUUUAUCGAAUGUACAAGCCACCAAGGUAAAGGAGUGUCACAGUUGCUUCCGGUCGACCCUGAUUUCACCAUCAAGAAAACAGGAACUGUGAGAAAUAAAAAUCACAUCAACGUGGUUGUCCUCUUAAUAGAUUCCAUUUCUAGGGCUCAUUUUUACCGAUCAUUACCAAGAACAAUCGCAACAUUUCAAAACUGGCGAGAAAAACCAGGUUCAGUCCCCGCCAAUGUCUAUGACUUCGAACUGUUUCAGGCCCUACACGGUCACACUGCUGAAAACACGCAAGCGCUCUUCACUGGAAAUGUUUUCCCUAUUGAAUUAAAAGGUACAAUGCCACCAGUUAAUAUGUCUGCGAUGUUUAGGCAUUAUGAUAGAGCUGGGUACCAUACAAUGUAUCAAGAAGAUUUGUGUUGGAAAGGAAUCUGGGGACUAAUGGUUAAUCUUGGAGUAAGGCGAUGGAGUGACCUUCAAGGCAAGAUGAAAAACACCUUCAUAGAUCACACGGGCUUGACGCAUUCCAGUUGUAAAAUCCUUUCAUCAUUGGGAGUAACGACUCCUUUUAAUGGACCUUAUGGGGACCAAAUCUGCUACAAUGGGAAGUUUCAACACUCUUACUUUCUUCGUUACACAACUGACACACUUCACGCUAUCAAGAAGUCACGUAACGCUUGCCCACUUUUCUCCUACACUUCACUCAGCGUUGCUCACGAUCACAGAAGUAUCCGCACGCAAACUCUGGAUGUUGGUUUGGAGAAUUACGUGAGGGCCAUGGCGAAGGAGCAGAACACUUUAACAGUCAUUCUGGCGGAUCAUGGUAACACCUAUACCAGGUAUACUGCAGAAUUUUUGGAGGGGCGCUUUGAGAUGUACCAUCCAUCCCUAUUCAUGAUUGUGCCCGACAGAGUAGCAUCGCUCCUUGGAAAGAAAGCAAUAUCCGCUCUAAGAGAGAACCAACGGAGGCUUGUCACCAUGAUAGACUUACACCGUUCUUUAAUGGUCUUGGUCAACCCCCUAUCCGGGAAUGUUAAGCCAGUGGGGCUGUUCACACACAUCGCUGUGAAUCGCACGUGUGAUGAUCUGGAACUAAGGCUGCCAAACUUGUGCGUGUGUGAAGGUUGGGAUGUACCGGCAGAUAAUGAUUCUUCACGUAUUCCUAUCGCUGAGUUCGCGAUAGGUCAGUUGAACAGUCGCUUAGCAGAGCAAAUACAGAACGUUUCUGAACGAUCCUGUCAAAGAUUGCAACCACUAUGGUUUGAAAAUAUUCGAGAAAGAAACUCGAAAGAAGACAGAUCUCUGAUCACUUCGAUGGAUAUUCGAGUUAAAGCGGGAGAUGUAGCUCCUCAAAGGGAAGACAUAUUUCACGUUGAAGUAAUGACAAGGGAAAAAUUUGGAGAAAAGUCUUUACAAAUGACACUGAUUUCUUUUGACCGUCUGACUUUAUUUGGAAAAUACGCAGACUGCGCCGAUAAUGGUGUUGACCUAAAAUUGUGUGUGUGCUCACAAACAGCAAAACAGAAAAAGUCAAUAGGGGCAUUUUCGUCAGAAGACUGGGUGCAUUUUGGACAACGCCCAGCUUUUAGAAAACUUCAUAAUACAACUUGUUUAUUUUUGAUUACAAGGGCUUUUGCUAAAAACAAAUCUAACGCGUAUGAAGUGGCUAACUUGUGUCGUGGUCAGACUUAUCGAGUUAAGUUAUACGUGGAGCAAGUUACCAACAUGAAGUUUUCUUGUGAGGUCCCUCUGACAUUAACUGUUACACCUGGUAACGUGCUGUUUGCAUUUUCAGUUCGAAAGCAUGUCAGUUAUUGGGAUGCUAACAUAAAAGUUACUACUGAGGUGGAAAAGAAUUAGAAGUUAAUACUGAUACACACGUCCGCAUUUUAACAGCCUGUGGGAUGUGCAUCUUAGGUGUUCGUGGAUUUUAUUUGAAUAGUUGACGAAUAACUUGAAAAUAGCUGGCUGAUAGUUAAAAAGAAAAUAAUAUCGAUGACAAAAAUCAUGUCUGCAAUGUUUUUGACCAGGAGACUGGAAGUUAUUCGGGG